AUGCACGCCCUCCGUGCCGAGGCCGACGAAGCUCAUGAGCAGGUCGACGAGCUCAAGGCCCGUGUCAAGACACUGGAACAGGAGAACUUGUCCAAGGAACAAGAAAUCACAUCUCUCAACCACCGCAACCAGAUUCUUGAGGAGGAGGUUGAGAAGGUUGAGGCCGCCCUGAAGGAGGCUAAGGACGCUGCUAGCCAGAGCCUCCAGCACGACACCCAGAACGAGGCCCUCCAGCGACGGGUCCAGCUCCUCGAAGAGGAGGCCGAGGAGAACGACAAGACCCUGCGGGAAACAAACGAGAAGCUUCGCCAAACCGACAUCAAGGCUGGUCACUACGAGCGGAAGGUGCAGGCACUCGAAGACCAGCACUCCAAGCUGGAGCAACGCCACGAAGACGCUAUCAAGGAACACAGUAUCGUCAAGAAGGAGCUCGACGACCUCGCUGCCCAGAUGGCCGACAUCUAA